UAUUCUCUCCCUCUCAUCUACUCUCUGCUCUGCAACUGACUGAUUUCAAAUUUGGAUUAGGGCUGCUGGGCUGUAUACUAUUGCUCGUCAAUUUCCUCAUUAACAUACUGCAAACUGAUAGCAUAUUGCGUACCUGUGUAUAGUAAUUGAGGUGUUUUUUUUUUUGUAUGUUGCAUGUCUUUUUGUUUUUUUCCUUUGUGUUGUUUUGUUGUUGUGAAUUACAGGUUUUAUUUCGAUUCAAUACAAUGAAGAAGGCUUUUGGGUCACCUCAAACACCAAGCAUCAGUACUCUUUCCAGAAGGCCUAAGAUCACCCGUCCUCUGCGAAAGCAAUUGGCGACUCCAAUACAAAAUGGGGACAGGUUUAUUGCUAACAGAAGUUCCAUAGAUUUUGAUUGGGCUCGGUAUGUGGUAAAUAAAAGCAAUAUCAUUGGAAAUAAAGCCUCCAUGGAAGAAUAUGUCAGGGAGCAAGCAGCUAGUUUGAUGAUGGAUUCUAGUAAGAUGUCAAGAAUUAUGAGCUUUAGUAGAAAGCCAUCUGCACGGGGAUUGCAAUCCAUCUAUUCCGAAGCUCCUUCUGUUGAUACUAGGGCCAGAACUAGCAGAUCACAAAGCCGCUGCAUACCUCAACAUGCAGAGAGAACUUUGGAUGCCCCAGAUCUUAUUGAUGAUAAUCAUUUGAAUCUGCUGGAUUGGAGUGACAGCAAUAUUUUGUCGAUAGCACUUGGCAAUGCAGUUUACUUAUGGGAUGCAAACAGGAGCACUUCUUCUGAGUUAUUGACAGUAGAUAAUGAUGUUGGUCCAAUAAGCAGUGUUAAUUGGGCACCCGAUGGAAAACAUAUUGCCAUUGGAUUGACUAAUUGUACUGUACAGAUAUGGGAUUCUACAUCUAAUCGACAGUUGAGAUCCUUGAAAGGUCAUCAAGGCCGUGUAGGCUCACUUUCCUGGAAUGACAAUAUUCUUGCAACUGGUGGUAGGGACAGUUCAAUAAUUAUCCAUGAUGUCCGUAUCCGUAAUUCCAAUGUUAAGACAUACAGAGGCCAUGAGCAGGAAGUUUGUGGAUUGAAAUGGUCCUUAUCUGGCCAGCAACUUGCGAGCGGAGGCAGUGACAACUUGCUUCAUAUAUGGGACAAGAGCAUGUCGUCCUCUAAUGUUAGAAAUCAGUAUCUUCACAGGAUUGAUGAACAUUUUGAUGCAGUUACAGCCUUGGCAUGGUGCCCUUUCCAGCACAAUCUUUUGGCAUCUGGUGGAGGCCUUGCAGACCAAUCCAUUAAGUUCUGGAAUAGUCUUACUGGAGCAUGCCUAAAUACCAUUGACACAAACUCUUCAGUUUGUGCAUUGUUGUGGAAUAAGCAUGAGCGUGAGCUCUUGAGUUCACAUGGAUAUAGUGAGAACCAAUUGACCUUAUGGAAAUACCCAUCUAUGACAAAGAUUGCAGAGCUUACGGGCCAUACUUCUAGGGUGCUGCAUCUGGCACAGAGCCCAGAUGGGUAUACUGUUGCAUCAGUUGGAGCAGACGAGACACUAAGGUUUUGGCAAGUCUUUGGAACUCCUGGUUCCCCAGAGAGUACCAAAACUAAAGAGCCAGAGGGUACCCUCAACAAUUAUUUAAUGAAUAUUCACUAGUAGUCAAUUGAUCUCAUGGAACAAGAAAAUUUACACUUUAGAAUCCAGUCGUAUGUAGAAUGUUCCAUAAGCUUUGACAAGUGUUUGAAGCUCCUAAAUACUUGAAGGGGACCCAAAGUAGACAGACAGCAGGAUGCCCUCAAAGAGUACCUUGCAGCCUCCAGUGCUACAACGGUACCUCUUAAGAAUAGCUAUUAUGAUGGCUUCUGUAUACAGGUAUCAAGGCAUACGUUGGUAUGAUAUUACAUGCUAGGCAUGCCUCUUGAACAGCCAAAUAAUAAGAUCAUUCAAAGGCGAGCUCUGCAACCAUAUGCUUGUCUUGAUGGUUUUCUACUCUUAGCACAUUUAAGACAUUUUGACAGAUUCUUAUUGCAUUAAUGAUAUUAAUAAUUAUAUUAAGGAUGCAGCUUCAACAAUCAAAUUCCUGGUCAGGAAUGAGUUUGGGAGGGGAGAUGCAUCUAUUUUCU